UUGGCUGUGAAUACAUCUUCACAGCCAAUGUUACACCUUCUACACCUCUUCCCCGCCCUGUAACGAAUGGUUGGGUCGGUUGCUAUGGUGACGGUCUCUCCAGCGUCUCUCUGGGGAACAAGGUGCUGGGGCCUAGUAACUAAAACUUUGCAAGAGUACAACUUCCAGGGCAUCCCGGUAUUCGGUACAGCUUCUGUAAGCAGUAUAUCAGUAGAUAUGGAAGAUUAUAUUACUCCGGAAAGUCCACAAGAUGAUUUGGAAACAAUGUCUUUUUCGGAAGAUGCAAAGCUACCAGAUUACCUCUGGGAGCAAGAAGAAAACACAAAAGAUGAUGAAUUUCCUUUUGGAGACAUGAUAGAAAAACUCCAGUGUGAAGAUGCCCCUGAUGAAACAAGCGACAGUUUUGAUUCUGAUUGGAGCUGGUCUAACGAACCGUACCAAGAUGAGAGUGAACUAAUAAAAAACACAAGAUUUGCCGAUAAGGUUCAGACUUUCCAACUGCGUAAAAAACUAACCCAGUUGGACAGUUUUCAGCAAGAGAAAGAAUUUAUGAUCCUGAAAGUCAGGGAAGAACUGAGGGCAUGCAGUCAGAGAAUAGAGUCAUUGGAGGAACAGAAAUCGAGUGUGGAAAUGGAUAUUCAGACAGAACAACAAGCUAAUAACAUGGCUGCUGUCUUCCGCCUGCAGGCUCUACACAGACGACUAAGCACUGAGCUGGUCAAUGAGGAAGAGGUGCAGUCAAAGAUCGCUGCAAUGCUGAAAGAUAAUGAGUAUGACCUCUGGCAUAUUGAGGUGGAACAAGGAAAGUUUACCAAUCUCCGCAAGAGGCUACAACAAGAUGAAGAAGAGCUGGACAGGCAGAACAAAGACUCGGCAGAGCAGCGAGUGCAGAGGGAGAAAGCAUCACUGACUCUGGCAGAGCAGAGAAAGCAGACAGAAAAGCUGCAAGAACUGAACAAGAUGAAGGAACAGGAGCAACGGUACCGUACAGCUGUGGAGGAGGCACAAAAGAAUCAUGAGAAAGCUGUUCACUUUCUAAAGGAAACUAUGACGAGAGUUCGAGAGAAGGAGACUGAAAAAGAAAAGAAGAACAGAGAGCACAUGGAGAAGAGGAUGCAGGCUGUUCUGUCUCUGAAAAACAACAUCACUAUGAGCCGGGAAAACCUGCGUGUCAUUGAGUCUCGGAACAAAGCGCAGGCUGCCAUGGCCAAGAAGAAAGAGAUGCUGGAGAGACAGGCUGUGCUGGUCAAAGGGGGAGAUGUUACAAAGUAUAUCAUCCAUCAGAAAAGACUUCAAGAGUUUGAAAAACAGAAGAAAGAUUUUGAAGAGUCACAGAAAAUAAGAAAGCAAGAAAUAAUUAGUCGGAUUUUAGAAGAGGAAAACAGCCAAGAAAAACAGCAAAAAAUUGGCUCUUCUAUGGACAUGGGCAAGAGUCAGGAAACCUCUAAACUCAGAGCCAAAACAAUGCAGUACAUCCAAUCAGCCGUAUUGAUGGAGCCUGACCAGGAGCAGGAACAGACGAAGAGGUGCCGAUCUCCCUCCCCUGUGUCAUCGGAUGACAAUGAUUGCUGUGCAAGUGAACCUAAUGUGAUACCAGAACUGACUUUGGAACUUGAAGAAGAAAGUAAGAGUUUGGCACAACCAGAGUUCAUGGGAUUAUGGAAUCAAGACUACAAGCCCUAUAAGGUGUCAAAAGAAGACAUAGAGCCAAAGCCACUAGGGGGCAGUAAAAUGGAGAUGCAGAUUAUGACUGAGACAUUGAGGAAACUUCGUAGUGGAAUAGUUGGAAAGCAAGUGGUUUCAGGACAUGAAUUUAAGGGUUGUCCAUUUUAUAGUAAACCAAAGUUUAUUCAUUUCAAGGACCUUGACGUGGGUAAGACAUAUAAGAAAAAGAUCACUUUGACAAAUGCAUCAUACACGAUUAAUUUUUGCAAGCUGGUGGGAGUAAGUGAUCACCUGAAGGACUUCCUCUAUAUACAAUUUGACCCACCUGGACAAAUGUCUGCUGGAAUGUCAUGUGAAAUGAUGGUUACAUUUAAACCAAUGAUUAAUGAAGAUCUUGAAGGGGAAGUGAUGUUCCUGGCUCAAGCAGGUCCCUUUUCUGUUCCUGUAAAAUGUACAACCAAGAAGUGUGAGCUGGCCCUUGAUAAAGAAUACAUUGACUUUGGCACACAUGUUGUUGGGGAGACAGUGACCCAGACAAUCACACUGACAAACCGAGGAGCUCUUGGGACGCGAUUUUCCAUUCGUCCAUUAAAUCAAGCUAAAGAUACUCAGAAGACACCAUUGGGGGUCUCCUUGGAGCUAGCUGUCUCUCCAUCUGCUGUUGACCUCAUCUCACAAAAUGCAGAUACUCCUGUGUCAAUAGACUCCCCAGAUCAAGGGCAUAUGGAAAGACCAUCUGCAAACCAAAUAGAGCCUGCCAGUGAGGAAGUAUGUCCCGGGACGGAUACAGUCAUAAGUGACAGAGUGGAAACCAUUACAGCCGCAGAAUAUGUCAGCGAGGAAGCUCCUGUGGCUGUAGAAGAUGAACAUCUGCAAGGAGACAACCGUGAUGACUUUACAGAUUUCAAGUUGGGUGAGGGAACAGAUGGAGAGAUGGGACCUUUUUCCACCCUGAAAAUACCAAUUAUAUUUACUCCGACAUUCCCGGGAAAAGCAAGUGCUUUGUUUGAGAUUACUAUUGAGAACCAGAGUUGCAAGGCCAUUCCUGUGACAGCUACUGGGGCUGCUAUCGAUGUUCCUGUGUAUGUUCCAAAAUCUAACAUUGACCUGAAGAUCUGUACUUAUGACCGCUUGUAUCAAGACAGUAUAGUCGUUAAAAAUAGAGCAACAACCGCUCUUCGUUUAAAGUUUGAGGUCUGCAAAGAACUUAGGAACCACAUGGAACUGCUACCGAAGACUGGUUUCAUUCAGGCUCAGUCUUCCUUCAGUGUUCAACUCAAGUUCAUACCCAGACGCUCCCUUUCGCAAGAUGCCAAUUCAUAUUUUGAUAAAGAAACUGGAGUGUUGGAGGUCCCAAUGACGAUAUCUGUAGUUGACCAGACUCGACCGGUUUCCUUCACUGUUCAUGCAGUGGUGACCUCAUCAGAUAUAGAAAUCAGCCCAAAUGAAGUGGAUUUUAAGCAUUGUACAAUCUAUGAAGCUGUUCAGACUUCCAUUCAACUAACAAACAAGUCUAUCUUGCCCCAAGAAUUUGGUUUUGUGGGAAUCCCAGAGUAUGUAGAUAUUCAACCAAAUGAUGGCUUUGGAACUCUUCUUCCCUUGGAGACAAUGAAUAUGGACAUCAUAUUUAGAGCCCCAAAAGCUGGUGAAUACAAUUUUGACAUCACUUGCAAAUCGGCUAUUAAUAGACAAUUCAGCAUCUCUUGUACAGCCAUUGGUGUCCACUCACCUUUAGAGCUAUCUCAUUCUUUGAUACAGUUCCCUGCAACAGCAUUAAAUGAUGCUAGCACCGCAACCGUAUAUGUUGUCAAUUCACAUACCAGUCGCAAUGAGUUCACUCACCCAGUACCAAGGAUUGGAAAGGGAGAGAUUGCACUAGUUGGACCUACAUCAUUUCAGUUCCAAGUGGCCAAGGACUCUCCUAUCACCAUAUCACCAUCGGUUGGCACGGUUUUGCCAGGAAAGCGAUGCAUGAUACAGGUUUCCUUUAAACCAACUCUUUUGGAUCAGGAGAUCAGGGAGGAGACAAUGCGAAUAUUGCAUCGGGCCAUUGAAACAAGAGCACUUCUGGAUAAACAGGUCACACCAUUGGUGGAAAGUGAGGAGAUGAGCAAAAAAGAGAGAAGAGAGCUGUCCUCAAAGAAGGAUAAGAAAAAACAACUUACAUCACCUAAAGUUCAAAAGGAGAAAUCACUAAAGCCUGUGGAGCAAGCCCCGAUAGAGCUACCCAAAAUAGAGGAUAUUCAAGUGGACUCUGAUACAUACGCAGCCGCCAGACUCUCAAUCUACCGAAGGUUUACAGGCAAAUUUGAGAAAUACGUAAUACCGUGCUUCAUUGCUAGCUGCGACAUCAGCAAAAGGAAAGACGAUGAGAGUCUACACUUCAGCCCUCACAAUACCCUGUACCUUGAGCUACACUGCCCUGCUGUAGCACCUCCCUUAAUCGUCACUUCUGAAAAUGGACACCAUCUCAUUAAUUUUGGAGAAGCUGCUAUAGGUCAACGAGUAGUAAAAACAGUAACUUUGCAAAACAUUUCCUCUGAGCCUCUGAAACCUCGUUUCUCAAUUUUUAGUCCAGUUGGUCCCUUUGUGUUGCUGAAUCCCGUUAGUAUUGUGGAACCUGGAGCACACUGUCAUCUUCUUAUCGCCUUUACACCUGAUGUACAUGAAGCUUUCUUUGAAAAUCUGGAGGUCUACACUCGGCAAGCAACUCUUACGCUGGCAGUCACAGGACAGGGCUUAGUACCCUCAUUGAUCUGCUCCCUGGAAGGAGGAAUACUAAACAUGGGAUAUGUUUUAGCUAAAGACAGUACCACAACAGUAUUUAAGUUGAACAACACAUCUUCAGUGCCAGUGAUUUAUUCCAUUAAGCUGGGGAGUCUGUCAGUGACCCGGUACAAUGAGCUGCAGAAUCUCCCAAACUUCAUAUCCCCCCAGAAAUCAUCGCUAAACUUUGUGGGGCCUCAAAAUUACAAUGGGAGAAGUGUUUUCAGCGUGACUCCUGUAGAGGGCAUCAUUCACCCUGACAGUUCUGAAGAUUUCACAGUUUCUUUCACACCAGACCAUGAAAGCAUGCAAUUCUCUGACAUACUCAUGGUGGAGCUCUUUGGUAAGCAUAUAGCACACGCCAUCCAACUGAAGGGGGCAUCCAGGAAACAUAUAAUGUUUGUUGAAGGGGGUGACCCACUGGAUGUUCCUACUGAAUCCCUCUGCAUAGCCCUGCCAAGUGAAGGAGAUUCAGAUAGACCAGUGAGUUCCAUUCUCCUGACCCUCCAGUGUGCCGAGACGGAAGAUGAGCUGAGGCCAGCUGUCAGGGAGCUGCACGUUGGCUGUAUACGUACAUCAUUAUUAUCCAUGAAAAAGAAUGUAGAAUUCAGCUGGGACAACGUGCAGCUCUUACAGCAGAAAGGAAUCACCAUAGAGCCAUGGAAAGCGGUGGUUGAUGCCGGACAACAGAAAACAAUCACUAUUAGCUGGAUCCCUCCUGCUGGAUACGAUCCCAGCAAACCCAAAACCACCACAGUAAAACUGACGUUGAAAGGCGAUGAUAUAGAAACGUACCAGAUUAUCUUCAUAACACAAGUUGUGUCAAUGUAAAAGAUCAAUGCAAAAGGGACCAUACCUGUUGUGAUAAUGUAGCCAAUUCAGUAUAUUGACCAUACAUGGCACCAAUCUCAAUAAAGAUGCUCUGAAAAGUC